CCCGGCAGCGCCGCCCCGGGGGGGGCCCGGCCCCGGUUACGGCUCCCGAGGGGCCCCGGGGUCCCGCUGCUGCUCCCGGUGCCCCCCCCGUGGCCGCGGGACCGGCCCCACGGCCCCAGCCCCGGGCCCCCGCCGGCACCAUGAGCGCCGAGACGUUUGUGAAGGACAUCAAACCGGGGCUGAAGAACCUCAACCUCAUCUUCAUCGUGCUGGAGACAGGCCGGGUGACGAAGACGAAGGACGGGCACGAGGUGCGGACGUGUAAGGUGGCCGACAAGACCGGCAGCAUCAACAUCUCGGUGUGGGACGACGUCGGGAACCUCAUCCAGCCCGGGGACAUCAUCCGCCUCACCAAGGGCUACGCCUCGGUGUUCAAGGGCUGCCUGACGCUGUACACGGGGCGCGGCGGCGACCUGCAGAAGAUCGGAGAGUUCUGCAUGGUGUACUCCGAGGUGCCCAACUUCAGUGAGCCCAACCCCGAGUACGUGGCGCAGCAGUCGCAGAGCAAAGGCGCCCAGAACGAGAGCUCCAGUCCGGCCGCCGCGCAGAGCAGCCAGGGCCCCCCCGCCGCCCCCCCAGCCCCCGACAGCCAGAACGGGAACGGGCUGAGCCCGGGGGGCCCCGCGCACCCCCCCAGCGCCCCCGCGCACCCCCCCAGCGGCCGCAUCACCCGCAGCCAGCCCGGACACCCCGGCACCGCCAGCGGCCCCGUCAGCAACGGCAAAGAGACGCGCAGGAGCGGCAAGAGAUAACGGGCACGGACCCCCCCGGACCCCCACCCCCACCCCGCGGGCCCUGACGGGGGUCCCGGCCCCCCCGGCUCCUGCCCCCCCCCAGCA